UUUAAGGUUAUGUUUAUGCUAUUUUGAACUAUAGGGGAGCUCUUUAGUGUGAGUAGCUUAGUAAGGAGCUUUUUUGUUAAUGAGCAACAUUUUUAUCAUUCCAUUUGAAAUAUACACCAAAAUGUUUUGAAGCUCUACCGACACAGUUAGCCUCACAGCUAACCUGUUUAAAACAGGUGUGCCUGUCAGGCGAAACUGGAAAAUCAGGAAGAGAAGAGAAAGUCAGUCAGGAAAACAUCAUGCUUGUCUACAGCACUGUAGACCUUCAGCUGGAUAUGACUGCUAACAGAAAAGUGUACACUCGUCCAGACUGAGAUGAACAUACUGCUACACCCAUGUUUUGUCAUAACGUUGGCAGUGCUGCCCUGGACGACUGUGUCUCAAAGCCUGGUGCCCAUCCAGUUUCAGACGUCUCCUGUGCUGGUGGCUUCAGGAACUAAUGCUGUUUUUACGCUGCAAACCAUCACCAGCACCUUUUCCAUCGCAUGGAUUGCUCCAGGAGGGAGCACCCUCGGCCAGUGGGUCGGAGGCCAGGCCGUGCUUAACUCAGUGCCUCAGUACCAGGGCAGAGUGACCAUCACGGCCACUCAGCUCACCAUCAGCUCCACCCUACUCAGUGACGCUGGAAACUACACGGUCACUGUAGUACCAACUGCUACCACUGGAUUCACCACCAACUCCCUCUCUGUAGCCUUGAGAGUGUUUGAUGCUGUGGGUCAGGUGAGUCUGUUCGUGCCCUCUAUGUCUAUAGAGGGUGGAAAUGUGUCUCUGCUCUGCAGCUGGACUAAAGGCACUGAGACCAGUGUAGCAUGGGGGAAAGGUGGCUCUAGCCUCACGGCGGACACUCACAUCACCAUCAAUGCUGGUUCUCUGAUCAUCAGCCCAGCCAAGCGGAGUGAUGCUGGUCAAUAUGGCUGCACUGUGAGCAACCUCAUCAGCGCCCAAACAGCAACGGCAAGCCUCACUGUGUACUAUGGUCCAGACACCCCUCAGUUGACUAAAACGUCUUCAGAAUGUGUAGGUGGGGGAGAUGCCACAGUGGGUCAGACGGCCAAACUCACCUGCACGUCUGUCUCUCUGCCACCUGCUCUGUUGUCAUGGCGAUAUAACGGUAACCUGCUGACGACGAGCCAAACGGAUGGCGGCACACUAAAUCUGCAGGUUUUCUCCACCAAUCAGAGUGGGCAGUACAUCUGUACAGCACAAAACAGCAUCACACUGGGCACCUCACAGCAGCAGAUCAGCUUCAGCGUUGUGGGAACGUGUCUCAGCGUGGGCGCAGUUGCAGGAAUUGUUGUGGCUUGCUUUGUUGCUCUCGUCUUAAUUAUUGUUGCCAUUGUGCUGCUGAUACGCCAACGGAAUGUUGAUCAGAGACUCAGAAAUGUCACUGGACAGCAGAAGACAGACCUGAAUAACAGACCACCAGUUCUUCCAGUUCCACAGAAUGGCCUUGAUACUUCUGCGGUGAUUGGUAAUGGUGACCAACCUGAUCCACCGCUGCACAAUCUGAACAGGCUCAAUCUCCCAAAAAAUCAAGAAACAGUGGCCAGUUUCUGGCACACUGGCCAAGAAAACAACGAAACACUGACACAAAACAGACUCAACAGCACUAAUCUUAACACUGACACAUUACCAAACAAUGGCAUCCGCAACUCCAGUGCCCACCCGUACAAUGGCCAUCAAAAUAGCAAUUCAUAUCCACACAAUGGCCUGCAUAACUCCAGCUUGUUCCCACAGUCAGGCCAACAGAACCCAAAUGUUCUCAUACAAACAGGCAAUGGCGAGCCAGGUACUCAAACUGUACUAAUAAAUCUCAAUCCACUGCCACAUAUGGAGCCACGGAACACCACCACACAACCCCACAUGGUGCAAGUCAGUCUCAAUGCUCCUCAACCAUUUCCAGGCCAGCCAAACCAGAAUGACACACAGUAUAAUGAACAGCAAAACAAUACAUUACCGCAGCAUCUUGCUAAUGCUAGCCAGCAAAAUCUCUCAAAUGUUGUUGUGCCACGCUCCAGAGCUCAUGUAGUGGAAAACAUGCGUAACACAGACCAAGCUGCCUUGAAUAGCACUUUAAGAACUCAAAACCAAGUGCCCAGUGGCCUUGUUCAGACUGGCUACUCACACCCCACCAACCAAACCUUGACUAGUCUUAACAUUAGAGCUACAGAUCCUUCCUCAGAGCUCCGUCACAGGCGCUCGAACGAUGCACGCUCCAGAUCUCCUGACCCCAUGUCAAGUACUAGCACACAUCUCCAUCAAAUGCCAUGGGAUCGCCUUCGGGGUACACCAGCAUACCCCAAUCCUCAAGUGGACAGUUCAGACAGUUCAGAGUCUCAAACUACAGCACUGCAAGGUAGACCAGCACGGUCAGAUCCACAGAGGGGACGGUCAUCUCAGGUUCCCAGACCGAGGUCACCUGUAGAUGCCCAGAUUCGGACUGUUUCCAGGACACCGAGGAGAAACGUUCAGAGGGAUGCAGGUGACAGUAUAGCAAGUCCCUCUCAAAUGGACCCGAAUGUGCAGAGGCAAGAUGUACAGCGCAAUGCUGGUGCUUAUCUACAUGCUGCUCAUGAAAAUCAGGCUGCUGUACCCCAGAAUCCUUUUGUCCAGGCACACGGCACACAAAAUGCAGGGGCAUCCCAGAGAGCAAGCGUCCCUCAAAAUCAGACAACCCAAGUACAGACUGCUAAACCGCCACAAAAUGCCAACCCUCCAAACUCUGUCCCUCUCACCCAAGCUGCCCUGCAGCUGCACACCAAUCACACUCCCAAACCAUUCACCAACCGAAACCAGCAGACCCAAGCUGCUUUGCAACACCCUGGACCUGGGUCAAGACCUGUCCAGCCCAGUCAAUCCCAACCUCGUCCUACAGCAGAGACAAAGCAGACAGGCCAGAGGCCACCAACUCCCCCUCCAGUUUUGCGGCCGGCGGAGUUUCGGACAUUACCGCAAGAUCCUCUGCGGCAACCGAGGACGCUACAGCCCGCUCACGUGAUGAGGCCUCAUGGUCAAAGACCUCAGAAUAUGCACAGACACGCCAUGCAUACCAGUCCACAGAGACACACAGGGAACCCGCACACGCAUGGCAACCCAAACAGACACGGCAAUGCGCCAGCCCAUAGACACCCUCCACACGUGAGCCAGGUCCACAGAAGUAGACCCAGACUCUGAGACAGCCCAUUGCUUUGACGAAGCACAACAAUGACAGCAAGACACAUGCUGGUAAAAUACAAUUUAGGGGGGAAACAGAAUAUAGCAGACAUUGUGUCACACUUCAGUAGCAUUUUUCACUUCAUUGUACUUCAGAGCUGUUGUUUCACCAGCUGUAUAACUAUAGAGAAUACUAAUUGUGAAAUGGCCAUAUCGCAUAGGCAAAUAAAAAUUGAACUGUUAAAGAUUUUCAAUAGACUACAGUGUAGCUUUCUGUAUGAUGACUAUCUACCAGUGAAACAAUGCUACUUUGGGAUAACUUCUUACUCAUUAGAGCCCGAACAUAAUUCACAAUGCAGAGUGAAGUGUCGCUCUGUCGAGUGGAGGACUUGGACCGGAUCCAAGUGGGAAAAUGAGGCCAAGCUACCAGAAAGCGCUAAAUGAUAACUAAUGGACUUCCAGUUUUGUGCGUUCUCACACAGCUGUUUAUUCAGCGCUCGCUUCACAGAUGCUUCUUGCGACACUGCUCAAUUAGCGCGAUGCGCCACGGUGCCCAUGUGGACGAAAUGCUCAGCAAACUAUGAAGGAGAGCCGCCAAACGGACAUGCUCUUAUUAAUUAUGCACAUUUAUUUAAUGUUAAUGACUUGGAAAAUACUAAUGACUUGAAGUGGUGGAGGUUGUCGAGAAGGGCUCAGGCAAAUUGGUUUCCGAAAAUAAGCUCGACAAAGUAAUAAUUUGUUUCAGCUGACUUUUUCUCAUUCCACAGAAGGCUUUGCUGAUUAAUUGCAAAUGUGAUUGUUUGGCUUUUUAUUUUUUCUUGUUUAUUUAAUGUAUUCAUUAGCUUUUCUCCUGUUGUUAGCUGAUGUUAAAGUAAACUCCAUGUAGCCUCUAACCUUUGGUCUUACUAUUGAAUUAAACUGAAAACAAAAGUUUUAGGGAACCCAGGUUGCAGUACAUAUACUGAAAGUAAAGACAAUGUUACUGUCAUCAUA